UGUUUUUUUCUCGGCCACAAAAUCGUCAUCUCACUUGGCUCGUAAGUAUUAGCACGAUUUUUCCACCUUUUUCCUUCGAGAGAACAGAGCAGCAUAACUCUUCUUCCCUCGACAAUUUUUCUUAUGCUCAGUCCCGGAAGCAAAACUAGGAUCAUCAGACCAUGAAUUUUGGCUUCAUCAUCUUCCUCGCCCUCUUCUUCUUUCUCAAUUUUCUCAGCAAUUACAGUCAUACUACAGAAGCUGUACCUACUUAUAUACAGCAUGACUGUCCGGACACCACGCUCUUCGCUCCCAACUCCACCUACCAAUCCAACCUCAACGCCCUCCUCUCUGCCCUCUCCUCCGCUGCCACCGACGACGCCGACGGUUUCGCCAACGCCACCGCCGGUAAAGACCCUUCCGACCGUGCCUAUGGGCUCUUCCUCUGCCGCGGUGACGUCGGCACCGCCACGUGCAGGGAGUGCGUGGCUACCGGAACAGAAGACAUCCUCCGACGAUGCCCCGACAGGAGAUCCUCCGUGAUCUGGUACGACGAAUGCAUGUUGAGGUACUCGGACGAGUCCGUUUACUCGGUGAUGGAGACCGUGCCUAUAUACAUGAUGCCGGACGCCGGGGACAUCGCCGAACCAGAUCGGUUUGUGAAGCUGCUAGGAGAGGCCAUGAACGACGUGGCAGGGAGGGCUUCGGGCAGCGAAUCCGGGAAGAAGUUUGCGGUUGUGGAGGCGAGCUUCACGAGCUCGCAGAAGCUGUAUGCACUAGCGCAGUGCACGUCGGACUUGAAGGGCUCCGACUGCAACACGUGCUUACGGGCGGUGAUCGCAAGUCUACCUCAGGGGAAGCAAGGAGGGGGGUCGUUCACUCCGACCUGCGGAGUGAGGUUCGAGCUGUACCCCUUUUAUAAUGCCUCGGCCGUGGCGGCGGUGCCCCUGCUUCCUUCUCCUCCUGCUGCUCCGGUGAACGAACCCAAAGGCAAAAGCAACAAAUCUAAUGUGGUAAUCAUUGCCGUCGCCGUUCCUGUUGGCAUAGGCGUGUCGCUUCUCUUCCUCGCAUGCCGUUUCAGCCGGAGGAAAGCAACCAAGACAAACGAAGCCAUCCAGGGAGAUCAAAGCAGCGUAAAUGGAAUUACAAAAGCCGAGUUCCUGCAGUACGAUUUGGCCACCAUACAAGCCGCCACAGACAAUUUCUCUCAUCAAAACAAGUUGGGUGAGGGUGGAUUCGGUGAAGUUUUCCAGGGCAGGCUUCCAAAUGGACAAGAAAUAGCUGUGAAGAGGCUAUCUAAAAGCUCCGGACAAGGUGUUGGAGAAUUCAAAAAUGAGGUUGCUUUGGUAGCGAAGCUUCAACAUCGAAACCUUGUGCGGCUGCUUGGGUUUUGCUUAGAGGGAGAAGAGAAGAUACUUGUCUAUGAGUUCGUGUCAAACAAGAGUCUCGACUACUUUUUAUUUGAUCCUGAUAAGAGAAAGCAAUUGGAUUGGUCAAUACGUUAUAAGAUAAUAUCUGGAAUUGCUCGAGGAAUGCUUUAUCUGCACGAAGAUUCUAGACUCCGAAUCAUUCAUCGUGAUCUAAAACCAAGUAAUAUCCUAUUAGACAGUGAUAUGAACCCGAAGAUUUCAGAUUUCGCAAUGGCUAGGAUUUUCGGAGUUGAUCAAACUCAUGCAAACACUAACAAAAUUGUGGGGACCUUUGGUUACUUGUCUCCUGAGUAUGAAAUGCGUGGGCAAAUCUCAGAGAAGUCUGAUGUCUAUAGUUUCGGUGUCCUAAUCCUAGAGAUCAUUAGUGGCAAGAAGAAUAGCUGCUUCUUCCAAUCAGACGGGGGUGAAAAUCUCGCUAGCUUUGAGUGGAAGAAUUGGAGAGCCGGUACACCGCUCGAAUUGUUAGAUCCGUUCAUUGGUGACAUAUAUUCAAUAGAUGAAGUGCUUAGAUGCCUCCACAUUGGUUUACUAGGCGUUCAGGAAGAUCCAGCUGAUAGACCCACCAUGGCAAGCAUAAUCCUUAUGUUGAGCAGCCACUCUACUAAGCUUCCAAAGCCUCGACAACCGGCCUUCUUCCUCCAAAGGAGCACGGAGAGACAGUCGAAAGAGCUUGAGCUGGACGAAUCCACCAGUAGGUCUAUGCCGUGGUCGAUCAAUGAAAUGUCAGUUACUGAAGUGGGCCCUCGGUGAAUCGUGAUGUGAGUGAAAGUCUUUCUUCACGAUAGUCUCUCAGAGACCUUGAGAUCCGUGGCCUUCCACAGAUUAAUGAACAAUAAAAAACACCUAUGUUUUUCGAAACUAGGUUGCUAGCUGCCAUGGGAUCAUGCGCAUGAUGUAUAUAGCGGCUUCUCAUGUUGAGGAAAUAACACGACUGCGCCAAAUUGUUAGGUUCUUCCUUCGAAUGUGUGUGUUUUCAGUCAAUAUCAUUUAAGUGUGGGCGAUGGAGUACUCAGCGCACCAAGGGAUCCCCUCUGUGAUGUCCACCAUCUCUCUUUUAUUGAGACCAUGUGUUCUCAAUCUCUAGAAUUUUGGACUAAAUGGAUGAAUUUUGGCAGU